AUGAAUAGUACAGCAUCAUCAAUGAAUGGUCUUAUCGGACUGCAUUGGCAAUGGCCUAUGUUAUCAAGCGUUAUCGAACAAAUUCCAAUUCAAAAGUUAGCACUCAUCGAACAUUUAUGCUCAUUAAUUAGUGAAAAUAAUGACCAAACGUUUAUUCAUAUUAGUGAACUACUUCGAAAUCAAUAUCAAGUUGGUAUUGAUUAUCGUACUCUUCGUCUUUUAUCAACAAUGUUCGGUAUAUCUAUUCCAAACUUUUAUACACCCGGCAAUCAUAUCGAAAUUAUUAAUUCUUUCUCUUUAACGAACAACACUCCUUUUUUUUCUACUAUUCAUUUGUCCAGCUGUUACACUAAAUGUAUUUUAUGUGACAGCAAUUUACGUAAAUAUACUCUCCAGUCAGUCAAGAUUUAUCAUGAUAAUGGACAAAGUUUUAAUGGUAUUAUAAAAAAUAUGUCAUGUACUCACAGUCAUACAGCAUUUCAUGAUAAUCAUCCUAUUUAUUACUUGCCAAAUUAUAUAUGUCAAUUAUCAAAUAAUGGCAAAUACAAACGUGUGUUCUAUAUUUCGGACUUUUUUCAUAAUUGUAAAUAUAUUUAUAUGGGUGGAAAAACAGCAUUCGAAAGAUCUUUAUUAAUACGUUAUCUGGUCGAUCUGUAUGUCGGUGGAAAAACAGUUCAUGCUUAUAUUCAAUCCUACAACCAUCGACAAAUAUGGACAUAUGGUCAUCGACCAUUGAAUGAGUUGCUCUUUUAUCGAUUUGUUAUUUCAUUUGGUCUUCUUCAUUUUUAUUUCUGGAUGGGUUAUGAAAAGGUUAGAAGAACUGCUGAGUUCGAUUCGGUCAUCGUCGGAUGUGAUAAAACACCGAAGCCUGGUGAAGAUUAUUGUGAUGAACAUCGUGAUCGUCGUGGUAUAUCUAUGGUGUGUGAAGACGAAGAUUGUAUCGAUAAUGGAGAUUUUAUUACAUUAAGAAAUGGUAAACAAUAUGUGCGUUAUCAAUCACUCACAUGUAACACCAUAAAAAGCUUUCCAAUGAAGUAUAUGCCUAUGAAUACAAGAAACGCUGCCAAUCGUCCUACUGUACAAACAGAAACGUCGAAGUCUAAAAAACUUCCAGCAUUUUUAUUGAAAGGUUUAAAACAUACAAAUAAUGAAUACCAAGAUGAAGAAUCUUCUUCGUAUUCCGAGGUUGAGAAUCUUCCAAUGCAAAAUUCAAAACGUGUAAAUUCAAAUGCUGCAGAUAGCCGAAAUAAAGAUCGGCUAGCAAAAAAAACACGAAUAGUAAAUGAAAAUGAGAUGGAAAUGCAUGACAGUAAUUUAUUAGUAGCUGAUUCAAGCCAUAUAACUCAUCUUGAAGAAUUAUCACCACCGAUUCAACAAAAUGACAAUCAAGCAUCUAUGUUAUAUACUAGUAACAUUUAUCAACCACCAAGUGCAACACCCAAUGCAAUUAAUGUAGAAGGCGAUCAACCAUCUUCUAUGUUUGAACAACAAGAUGAUUCUUCGUCGAUGAACAACCAAAUGGAUCUUCCUUUAGAACAACAUGUUGAUCAAAUCUCAGUUCCACCAUCAAACACCAGUGGGCCACAUCACGAAAACUUACCUAAUGCAAAUCAACAUCACGAUAAUGACAAAGAAGAUAUUGAUAGUGAUUCAAUUAAUCAACAAUUGCCAACACAUUCGACCUUGACCAAUGAUAAACAAAAGCUCAAUGAAAAUCCAUCAAAAGCUGAAGAAAUUCAACAGCCACAAAUUUCAGGUCCACAUGAUACUGCUAAUAUCGAGAUAGAUAACCAUAGCCAUUAUACAACAUACUUCUAUAAACAAUCAGACUUCAAAGAUUACAAAGAUUCAAAAAUCGAACCACGUACGCCAAAAUUAUUUAGUGGCAAACGAUUCAUUUCAUAA